AUAACAAGGGAGAGCGUACUGGAGAAGCUAGCGUACUGGAGAAGCUAAGCCAUUGUUUUGACUAGGGUUUUCUGAUAUUUUCUUCUUCGCUCCUCCUUAUUCUCUCUCUCUGGCUCACUACGUCUGGGUUUAGGGUUUCGAUCGUAACGACAUCUGCAGUGAUUGGAUCUUAGGAGGAAGGCGGUUCAUCGUCACCAUCUCCCCGUUAAGCCAGUACAUAGAUCCGCGACAAUCACUCCAGGAGAAGAUUUAGUUAGCUGCUUUGGAAGAUUUCAAUAAUUGAAAUUAAUUUUGAACUUCUCCUCAAUUCAACGGAGAAGAUGUACAUUACCUAGGCUACAUUUCCUUGAUAAUGAUCUAGCCCAACUCCAACACAAGAGGCCAGUGAAGAAGAUGAAGUCCUAUACCUCAAUGAAGAACCUCAGGUGCGCUUCUGUUAUUUCUUUGCUUUGAUGCCAAAUCCUAAUGCUUCUGGAAAAUUGUUACUGCCUCAAUCCAGGAAUUGAGGAGGCUCAACCCAAUUAUUAGUUUGUUUCAAAUCCAUGAAGUUUCUGAGUGACCAAAGAAAUAAAAAUGCAGAGCUAAGGAGAUGAUCAAGUUAAUGGAAAAGUGGGUAAUGAACUUUAGAAGAACCCAUAUCAACAAUGCUAGAGACUUUUCUAAUACAGGGUCAUUGUUGCUACCCCCGGGAUGGUUGAAAAUCAAUGGGAACAUGUCAAGACGAUACACUCAUGUACAUGAGUCUUGAUUGUUAUAGUGUUGAGUUCCACUUCAGAAGAUCAUGGUCGUAGAUCAGUCGGGUUUAAACAGGCGGUUUAAAAGGUCGAUCAUGACCGCAGACGAUAGAGAUGAUCGAGGGUGGACUCCACUUCACAUUGUUGCACGGAAAGGUGACUUGAAAGAGGUGAGGCGACUGCUUAAAGAAGGUAUUGAUGCGAAUGUGGCUGCAUGGGGUCCUAAAGCAGCCGGUGUGACACCCCUCCAUCUUGCUGCUAAAGGUGGCCAUGUCAAAGUUAUGGACGAAUUGCUUGAGCACGGUGCUGAUAUUGAUGCACGAACCAAAGGAGCUUGUGGUGGAUGGACUCCCCUACAUCACGCAGCCAAAGAACGAAAGAAGAAAGCAAUCAACUUCCUGAUUAAAAACGGCGCCUUUCUGCCAGAUGACAUAAGCGACACCAGGUUUAAUCCAUCAGUGCACUAUUGUCCCGGUCUUGAAUGGGCUUACGAGGAGAUGAAGCGCCUUAAGGGCGACAGCAGCUCAUCAUCAGGUGAGAGUUCUUCAUCUUGCUCUGGAAAUUGAGGCGAUCUACUUGGUAGUCGUCUAGUCAACGCCAGGCAGAGUUGACUUGUGAAUUACAUCUAUAUAUAUGUUGCGCAUAUAUUGCUCGCUUGGAUCUUAUAUCUGGUUUGUGGAAGUUGUCGUUUCAUGGCUCGUCUCUUUUAUUUUGGUUGUCGUAUCGAACUAUCAUAGUGGUGUUAGUGGUUGGCUUGUCUGUUUCUGGUGUGUUGUAUUGACAAUAAGUGUUUGGGGAAUGAGUAUUGUUAUAAAUAAAUCUAUACUUCAUGU